ACCUACCUAUUAUCCACCAUGCGAGUCUAUUCGUCGGUCGACUCCAGCAACGCCCUCGCCUUCCACAACGGUCGCGUAUAUACCAUCAACAGCGAUCAACCUUGGGCCGAGGCAUUUAUUGUAUCCCCGACGGGGGUCAUCGAGCACAUUGGCAGGAAUGCAACCAUCUUGGAGAUCGCCUCGGCUCGCGGCCUCAUUCAAUAUGACCUCCGCCAGCGCUUCGUCAUGCCGGGCAUCCACGACGCCCAUACCCACCUUCUCGUCGCCGGCCUGCAAGGGCUGAACGAAGCCCGCAUCGGCUUCGACUCGACGCCCGACAACCUCACAUCUCGACUCGCUAAAGGUUCCUGCGCAUGCGCCUACGCCAAUGUUACCGGGGACUGGCUCAUUGGAAACUUCUACCAGGCCAGCCAUUUCCCGAACGGCGUGCCCGAUCGCAAAUACCUAGAUGAUCACUACCCCGAUCAGCCCGUGCUCAUCCGCGAAGUCUCCUGUCAUCGAAUCUUGCUAAACACGGCUGGGCUUAUCCGUGCUGGAAUUGAUCCUAAUGGCGCCCCGGAUCCAGAUGGCGGGUACUACGUCCGCCGAAAAGAUGGAACAACCCUCACGGGGGAAGUAGUCGAGAACGCCAUGACGACCGUGUUUGACUGUCUACCUAUCCCGCCGUUGGCGCAUGUCAAACGCGCGAUCUACCAUGCGAUGUCUAUAUGCCACAAAUAUGGAAUCACGUCCUGCCAGGAAGCGUCGGCGAAUACCCUCUACUUACAUGCAGUGCGAGAACUGGAACUGGAGAACCGGCUGGAUCUGGAUAUCCAUACGCACAUCGUGUCAGCGCCGGUGUAUUUUGCCAUGGAGCCGCAGGAUAGUUUAGCCGGAUUGAUUGAUGUGGCAGAGGGAUUCAGAAGCCGACAUGUGCAUACUCAAUUUGUAAAGUUCUGGCUGGAUGGGGCUCCACUGCCUCCGGAAUUCACGCAGGCGGAUCUGGAUGCGAAUGGACAGCCAAUUCCGACGCAUUUGGCGCUGGAUAAAGACUUCCUGUACAAGGCCGUGAAAAAAUAUGAUGGCCGGGGCAUGACGUGUAAACUGCAUGUCGCCGGUGAGGGAUCUGCUCGACUGGCGCUGGAUGUCAUCGCCAAGGUCCGGGAAGGAAAUCCGGCUGGUCCCAAACACGAGCUUGCUCAUUGUAAUGCGGUGCACAAGGGUAAGUCCAUUUCCGUUUGCGGAAUCGCCGCGCGUACUGAUAAGGUAUCAGAUGAUAUUGCGCGGUUUGCUCCGUUGAAAGUGACAGCGGAAAUGUCACCCGCCAUCUUCCAUCACGAUGUUGUGGAAGAGUAUCCCGAGCUCAACAAAUGGGCAUUCAACGGGGUGCUCGCGUCGGGCGCACUCAUGACCAUUGGCUCGGACUGGAUGCUCCCCGAGACGCCAUCAUUAUUUGAUGCCCUAGCUGCGAUCGUUGAACGCGUCCGAUACAAACCUGGAGGGAGAUGCCGGCGUCUCGAGUUGGGGGAGACGGCGAUGCAACGCGGAGGAGAGAUCCUCUGCCGCGUUUUGACGCUCAGCGGAGCAGAGGCUGUUGGGGCGCAACAUCGCACUGGGAGUUUGGAAGUGGGCAAGAUGGCCAAUUUUAUUAUCGUCGAUCGGGAUUUGAGCCAGGGGAAUUUCAAGGGUGCAAACGUGCUGGAGACUUGGUUUGAGGGAAGGAAAGUGUAUCAGGCGUAAGGCUGACGAAAAUUGUACGUCCUGCCAAGCAGUAAGUAGGGAUGGUUACAUUGUUGAAUGAAAUCAUUGUUGAGCACAGGCCGCGUACAAGCCAUUCUGCUGUUGCUGCCUGUUCCAAAUCCCUACGUUAAUCUAGUCUAUAUAGUCAGGGUCCCCGCACUAACACAACUACCCGAACCGGGCUGAACCUCAACAUCUUUCAUAAUCUUACCGUUAGCCUUCACAGCCAUGUCGAAUAAUACCCAUAAUUUCCACCUGCUCGAGUUCGUCGCGCAAAAGCGCUUUCACCAGCGGAUAGUUCUGCCUGCUACUGCACACCAUGGGCGGCUUGCGGUUACCUAUGCAGACAUUGGACCCCGGACAACGAAGGAUGGCUCACCCACCCCGACUAUGCUGCUAAUUCAGGGAAUGGCAGGAUCCCGGCUAUGGUGCUGCCAGAAAGACCAUCUCGCUAACAAACUGGAGGUCAGAAUGAUCUCCAUCGACCG